CCUGAGGAGCUAAGAUCCCAGAGAGUCUUAGCCCCGUGGUGCUUCUCUACGGGAGGGAGGGAGGGAGAAUCCGGCCGGACAGAUCUGCGCGUAUCCUGGAGCCGGCCCAAUUGUGAACUAGGAGAGCUUUGGGACCUCUGUCCCAAGCAAGUAAGAACUUUAGCCUUAGGAGAUGUAAAUAAAGUAGUAUUUAAAGAAGCACAGGAGAGAUGAAUGGGGAGUAUAGAGGCAGAGGAUUUGGACGAGGAAGAUUUCAAAGCUGGAAAAGGGGAAGAGGUGGUGGGAACUUCUCGGGAAAAUGGAGAGAAAGAGAACACAGACCUGAUCUGAGUAAAACCACAGGAAAACGUGCUGCUGAACAAACCCCACAGUUUUUGCUUUCAACAAAGACCCCACAGUCAAUGCAGUCAACAUUGGAUCGAUUCAUACCAUAUAAAGGCUGGAAGCUUUAUUUCUCUGAAGUUUACAGCGAUAGCUCUCCUUUGAUUGAGAAGAUUCAAGCAUUUGAAAAAUUUUUCACAAGGCAUAUUGAUUUGUAUGACAAGGAUGAAAUAGAAAGAAAGGGAAGUAUUUUGGUGGAUUUUAAAGAACUGACAGAAGGUGAAGUAACUAACUUGAUACCAGAUAUAGCAAAUGAACUAAGAGAUGCACCUGAGAAAACCUUGGCUUGCAUGGGUUUGGCAAUACAUCAGGUGUUAACUAAGGACCUUGAAAGGCAUGCAGCUGAGUUACAAGCCCAGGAAGGGUUGUCUAGUGAUGGAGAAACAAUGGUAAAUGUGCCACAUAUUCAUGCAAGGGUGUACAACUAUGAGCCUUUGACACAGCUCAAGAAUGUCCGAGCAAAUUACUAUGGAAAAUACGUUGCUCUAAGAGGGACAGUGGUUCGUGUCAGUAAUAUAAAGCCUCUUUGCACCAAGAUGGCUUUUCUUUGUGCUGCAUGUGGAGAAGUUCAGAGUUUUCCUCUUCCAGAUGGAAAAUACAGUCUUCCCACAAAGUGUCCUGUGCCUGUGUGUCGAGGCAGGUCAUUUACUGCUCUCCGCGGCUCUCCUCUCACAGUUACAAUGGACUGGCAGUCAAUCAAAAUCCAGGAGUUGAUGUCUGAUGAUCAGAGAGAAGCAGGUCGGAUUCCACGAACAAUAGAAUGUGAGCUUGUUCAUGAUCUUGUGGAUAGCUGUGUCCCGGGAGACACAGUGACUAUUACUGGAAUUGUCAAAGUCUCAAAUGCUGAAGAAGGUUCUCGAAAUAAGAAUGACAAGUGUAUGUUCCUUUUGUAUAUUGAAGCAAAUUCUAUUAGUAAUAGCAAAGGACAGAAAACAAAGACUUCUGAGGAUGGGUGUAAACAUGGAAUGUUGAUGGAGUUCUCACUUAAAGACCUUUAUGCCAUCCAAGAGAUUCAAGCUGAAGAAAACCUGUUUAAACUCAUUGUCAACUCUCUUUGCCCUGUCAUUUUUGGUCAUGAACUUGUUAAAGCAGGUUUGGCAUUAGCACUCUUUGGAGGAAGCCAGAAAUAUGCAGAUGACAAAAACAGAAUUCCAAUUCGGGGAGACCCACACAUCCUUGUUGUUGGAGAUCCAGGCCUAGGAAAAAGUCAGAUGCUACAGGCAGCGUGUAAUGUUGCCCCACGUGGCGUGUAUGUUUGUGGUAACACCACGACCACGUCUGGUCUGACGGUAACUCUUUCAAAAGAUAGUUCCUCUGGAGAUUUUGCUUUGGAAGCUGGUGCCCUGGUACUUGGUGAUCAAGGUAUUUGUGGAAUCGAUGAAUUUGAUAAGAUGGGGAAUCAACAUCAAGCCUUGUUGGAAGCCAUGGAGCAGCAAAGUAUUAGUCUUGCUAAGGCUGGUGUGGUUUGUAGCCUUCCUGCAAGAACUUCUAUUAUUGCUGCUGCAAAUCCAGUUGGAGGACAUUACAAUAAAGCCAAAACAGUUUCUGAGAAUUUAAAAAUGGGGAGUGCACUACUAUCCAGAUUUGAUUUGGUCUUUAUCCUGUUAGAUACUCCAAAUGAGCAUCAUGAUCACUUACUCUCUGAACAUGUGAUUGCAAUAAGAGCUGGAAAGCAGAGAACCAUUAGCAGUGCCACAGUAGCUCGUAUGAAUAGUCAAGAUUCAAAUACUUCAGUACUUGAAGUAGUUUCUGAGAAACCAUUAUCAGAAAGACUAAAGGUGGUUCCUGGAGAAACAAUAGAUCCCAUUCCCCACCAGCUAUUGAGAAAGUACAUUGGCUAUGCUCGGCAGUACGUGUACCCAAGGCUAUCCACAGAAGCUGCUCAAGUUCUUCAAGAUUUUUAUCUUGAGCUCCGGAAACAGAGCCAGAGGUUAAAUAGCUCACCCAUCACUACCAGGCAGCUGGAAUCUUUGAUUCGUAUGACAGAGGCACGAACAAGGUUGGAAUUAAGAGAGGAAGCAACCAAAGAAGAUGCUGAGGAUAUAGUGGAAAUUAUGAAAUAUAGCAUGCUAGGAACUUACUCUGAUGAAUUUGGGAACCUAGAUUUUGAGCGAUCCCAGCAUGGUUCUGGAAUGAGCAACAGGUCAAUAGCGAAAAGAUUUAUUUCUGCUCUCAACAACGUUGCUGAAAGAACUUAUAAUAAUAUAUUUCAAUUUCAUCAACUUCGGCAGAUUGCCAAAGAACUAAACAUUCAGGUUGCUGAUUUUGAAAAUUUUAUUGGAUCACUAAAUGACCAGGGUUACCUCUUGAAAAAAGGCCCAAAAGUUUACCAGCUUCAAACUAUGUAAAAGGACUUCACCAAGUUAGGGCCUCCUGGGUUUAUUGCAGAUUAAAGCCAUCUCAGUGAAGAUAGGCGCACACGCACAGACAGACACACACACACACACACACACACACACACACAGUCAAAUACUGUUCUCUGAAAAAUGAUGUCCCAAAAGUAUUAUAAUAGGAAAAAAGCAUUAAAUAUAAUAAACUAAUUUAAGAAGUGAUAAAGUCUCCAGAUGCAGUAGCUCACACUGUAAUCACAGUGACUCAGGAGGCUGAGGUGAGAGGAUUCCUUGAGGCCAGGGUUCGAGACCAACCUUGGGCAACAUAGCAAGACCCCAUUUCUUUAAAAAAAAAAAAAAAAAAAGUUAAAGUUAGCUGGGUGUGGUGGCACAUGCCUGUAAUCUCAGCUACUUGUGAGGCUGAGGCAGGAGGAUUCUUUGAGCCCAGGAGUUUGAGGUUACAGUGAGCCACGAUCACACCAAUCACUGCACUCCAGCCUGGGCAAUAAAGUAACUCUUGACUCAAAAAAAUAAAAAAACUUGUAGUGGUA